AUGGGACCUAUCUCGAACCGAAUGUUCGUGCUUUUCGUUGUGCGUAUUUUUCAACUGUGCUGCGUCGAUGCCCGUGAACGUCCUGUGGUCAAAACAAAUUACGGAGUCGUCGAAGGCAUCCAAUUGAAUGCGGGUAGCGAAAAAGUGGACUCUUUUCUCGGUAUUCCCUACGCCACACCCCCAGUGGGUAAGCUUCGCUUCGAAAGACCGCUACCAGCCAAGCCCUGGAAAGGCAAGUACAACGCAAGCAGCAAACCUGCACCAUGCAUGCAGAGCGACUUUCCAAUCUACCAGGACAUUGUGCUCGACUACACGCAUUCCAGCGAGGACUGUCUGUACUACAACGUUUGGCGACCGACGCGUAGCUGCCCCAACGACACAGAGACGUGCGACGCCAAGCUUCCCGUCAUGGUGUUCAUACACGGCGGCGGGUUCCAGUUCGGGGACUCGUCGUUGUUUCUUUACGAUCUCAGCAACUUGGCUGUGAGCUCCAACAUCAUAACAGUGAGUUUUAACUACAGACUCAAUUUCUUCGGCUUCCUAACAACGGAGACGGCCGACCUGCCUGGAAACAUGGGCAUGUGGGAUCAAGUGCUCUUUCUCAAAUGGGUCAACGAGAACAUCGCUUACUUCGGUGGCGACCCUAGUGAGGUCACGGUGGCGGGUCACAGUGCAGGGGGCGUCUCCGCCGGACUACUGGCUGCGUCGCCUUCGACCAAAGGGCUCAUCAAGCGAAUCAUUAUGCAGAGUGGAACUCCUCUUACACUUCUUGCUGGAUCAACUUACUAUAGUCCUGAUAAGUUCUAUGACGUAUCACGUACUCUCGGCUGUCAUAACGGCGAGGCGAAGAAGAAGGACCUGGACCUUCCUAAGACGAUAAAGUGUCUGAAGAAGCUGAAUGCCCGCAAAAUAAUCAGGGCGCUGCUCCGUUUGACUUUAGGAGAGCGCAUCUUCUCGCCGCAGGAAGGUGAUGAAUUCUUCCCGUACGACCCUCUAGCGAUCGACACGUGGAAAAAUAUCCACGUCAAGGAAGUGUUCACCGGCAGCAACCUGAACGAAGGCACGGGUUUCCUGCACUACGUUCUCAAGUACCACCAUGACCUCCGGGACAACCUUAAGGUGGAUUAUCGGGCGACCAUUACGGCUAUGUUGUCGCUUUUUGCCGACGUGCCACUGGUAACUGGGAGAAAAAUGACAAAGGCCUACUUCGGUGGUUACGAGGUAAAGCACAAUGACCAAGAAGUCAUACAGCUCCUUUCCGAAAUGAUGGGCGACAUCGUCUUCAAGUGCCCGACGCACCUUUUCGCUGAGCUCACAGCGCUUCAAGGACUACCUUCAUACAGGUACUUGUUUACCUACAGGCCAUCCUACAGCAUAUUCCCAAAAUAUUUCGGUGUGGUGCACUCUGAAGAACUGCCGUUUGCUUUGGGAAGUUUGAUCUUUUCUACCGAUCCAACAAGAGCCAGCAUCGCUACAGACAGCCUUCCCAGGGGCUUUCUGGGAAGGAGUUACACCACCAAUGAGACGGCAUUUAUGCGACAACUGAUGCAAGUGUGGGGAUCGUUCGUGUCUACAGGAAAACCAUUGAUACCUCUUAGAGACGACCAGUGGCCAAGCUAUACGAAAACAAGACAAGACAUCGUUCAGCUCAUGCCCUUCAACUACACCAUAACGCUUGACAAAUCGCAGGACAAAUGCGAGCUCUACAGGCCUUUCAUGAUCAGGAAAGGCGCUGGAAAGAAGCCUCCUCUCAGGAUUGCUUCUCCUGGAAAUGCCGCCUCGAGCGGCAAACCGAUCACUCCAGCCGUGGCGAGUGGCGCUAACCGAAAGACCGACAAUGUUGCUGCAGCGCUCGCAGCAUGCUGCCUCAUGGUAGCCAUGCGACACCUGUUUGCAACAAUGUUGUAAAUGUGACACGAGUGCAUCUAUUGUGUGCUAGUAUGAGAGUUUAUGUGAAGGACAACAGAAAAAUUAUAACAGCUCUGCAGCAGGAAGUGCACUGCAGUGAAAAAGGUCGACAAUGAACGCGAGCAAAAGGAACGAUAGGUGGGCUAGUUGGUAAUGCAUAAUAAUAAAAAGUUAGAGCGCGAAAAACACUGAGUUGUGAGCGAGCGCGUGCGGUGUAUGUUUCUUCUUCUACGUCCUUUGUGUUUUUAGCGUUCUAAGUUUUUAUUAUAAUGAACACGAGCUUGUGGAAUGUGCAUGAACGGUUUCCAUGUAUGCAAAAGUUCCACAAAAGCUUUCCUUCGUUAACGCACGGUGGCGCGGUCCUCGGAGAAAUCUGAAUGUCGUCGUUCUGAAGAAAACAUCAGCCACAUUUUUAACAAUCAGUUUUAUUCUACACACAUAAAAGAAGAAUGAGAAACUAAAUGGAUCGUUACGAAGCACUGCCCUAGUUUCCGCACAAAAAAAAUAAUGUAGGUAGAAUACUUCUUACAGACGAGCUGAAAAAAAAAAAAGACGACAGCUGGCUUUGUCUGCGCACAGGUGGUUCCGCGCAGUUAUAAGACGCGUUCUGCUUACGACGAGGAAAUUUAGUUAAGAAAUCAGCGAGUUUGUUUAAAGGGCCCAUAACCAUGCAGUAUAUAGAAACAACUUUUUAAGGACGUUUGCUCGUCGAAAGAUGCCUUAAAUCCUACGCUAUCCUUGACUGAUGCAGUAUACGUAGGCUGUGUUCUCAGCUUUCCCUUCUUCCCUCAGUGCUUGCCUUAACCUUGGCCUGCUCCUAGUAUGCGCAGGACAUCCGGCAGAUAUGAAGCGCAUUCGAAUUUUCAGAGCAUCGCUGGGUUUCUAGUUGCUAUACGCGGCGACACCAACCUGCAACGCGUGUGUACUCUGUACAUCUGCUGAAAUCAAUAUGCAAGGAGCUAUUUCUUGAAAGUUAUCUGCAGUGUGCUUUCCCUGUAGGCAUCGAGGCGCUAACGGUGACGUUAGCGGUGACUGCAUGAGAAGUCUGCUCACCACCGAAAAGCGAUAACACAUUUUAAGUUGAACUUGUAGAUUCCAUAUCAAAUUUUUCUAGAGUAUUUUACCAAUGUAGCCACACUUGGAAAUAUCGAUAACUGCACUUUUCCAUUUCCUGCGGGCAUGAGACAUUGCAAUAUCAGAACAGUUCGUUCAUGAGGAGGAGGAGGGUUGUUGCUUACUGCAGGCGAACUUAUUCUUGCAAAAGCUCGCGUUAAUUGACCAGCCCGAGAGCCACUUAUCACGUGCGGUAGAGAUUGAUGCCGGCCGUGGCACAAGCAGGAAAUGCUAACGACGAGGAAGGAUUUGAACCGGGGCGCAAGACACCGUGCGUAAUCCCUCCCACUUCGCCAUGCUAGACCACCUGCACGGUUCAUCAUUCGCGGUUCACCACAUUGUCGCGAAGAAAAUUGAAGAAUAGCCGAAAUACCUCCCUCAUGAAUAUCUAGCGUCCUCGAGGAAACAAAAUGUCACUUGAGCUUGUGUGCAGGGUCACUCUACGCUUGAGUUCACCCAUGAAGACCUGAAGUUCUGUAUGAAACUCACUAUUACGCGGCAUUAACCGCGUGUAACCAAGCGAGUACGCAAAACCGAAGCCGCUCUCCUGUGUUGCACCCACACAGCGUCAGCGCCAACAUCAGCGUAGCGGUGAAAGGACUUAGCGCAUCAGUGUCGUGGGGGCACUGUCUAGCUAUUAGUGACGUUGCCCAUAAUAUGUAAGAGUUUCUUCAACGUGUUGGUUUUAUCUGUUACCUAACCAAAACGUGGCUAAAAUGCGUGCCAUUGAAAAUCAAUGAUCAAAUACUCUGCAAGGCUCUUCACUUCCAUCUGCGUUGAAUUCUCGCACGUGAUUCUGACACCGACGACGCACACAACGUCGCUGUUCGCAAGCAAAUAUGGAUCUCCUUUUGUUAUUGGCCUUGUAUGCCUCGUAAUAUUGCAGACUUCAGUCUAAUUUCCAUCAAUAAACUAACGUUGUCUUGAAGGUUAUAUAUUAUGUUUUUCAAAGAAGG